GGGAUACCUUGGAAUAGACAAGAAUCAGGAAUGUUAGGAAUCCAUGAUAAAGGGUUACCAUUACUUUACAUUGAAGUUUGUUCAUCUCCCAAAGAAAUCUCAAAAUUCAUCCACUCAAAUACCCCAAUUGCAUUUAUCUGUUCUCAAUCCACCAACUGCAUUGGAACACCCUUUUCUCCUUCAAUGGAAGGUGAGGAGGGGAAACAGUCUUCCCAAAAAAACCCUUACGUUGAACUAGAAGAAGUUGACUUUGAUUUUAUUCUAGCAAUGAGCAUGCAAGAACAAGAGAGAGAGUUCACAAUGCUUUCAACUAUUGAAAGUGAAAGUGAUGAAUAUCUAAGUGACUCCUCUAUAGAUAAUGAUGAUGAUGGUGAUCCUGACUUUAUAGCGAGUCAAGAGUUUGAAACCGACCUUCGGUUUCUUGAAGGUGAAGGAAGCGACGAUGAUGAUGAAGACAUGGAAAUGGAAGAAGAUGAGAUUGAUCCAGACGAAUUAUCUUAUGAAGAAUUGAUGGAGUUGGAAGAGUUUAUAGGAGAAGAAACAAGAGGGUUAUCAGCAAAUGAAAUCUCUUUGUGCUUGUACCCUUAUACCUGCCAAUGUGCUGAAAGCAAAAGUGGCAUUGAUCGUUGUGUGAUUUGUCAGGUUGAAUAUGAAGAAGGUGAAGCACUAGUGGCACUUCAAUGUGAGCACCCUUAUCAUUCAGAUUGCAUAAGAAAGUGGCUUCAAAUUAAGAAGGUUUGUCCAAUUUGUGGAAAUGAAGUUUCAACUCCCAACUUGGCUUCGAACCCUUAGUUAUUUAGUUUGGAUUGAAAAAUUAAUGUGUGUACACUAAUUAUUGUAAUCUGGAUUUGCAUGAAACUGUAGUUGAGAAAAUAAACAAAGCAUGGAAGCUUAACCAUUACAAAUAAUCGCCCAAAAUUAAAUUCCUCAUUGUUACCAAUCCCUCUGGUUUAUAACUUUCAUCCCUGGAAUUUCCUUGUAAAAUUAAUCUGCGAGUGCGUGGUACUGGAAUAUUAAUGCUUAA